AUGACUGCUUUUCGGAAUCUGGAUGGAACAACGACUGCAUCAAGAAAGGGAAUUGAAACAAUCAUUAACAACUUCUGCUCUGGUCUCUUCGGCUUCGGCAGCCAUGUUCACUUGCCUCCUCACUAUCUGGGAGAAGUUGGACAUGUCAUUCCAGAGGUUCUCCAGUUCGAAGUACGACAUACUAUUCUGUCGGUAGGAAGUCGUGCCAACACUCUGUCCCGAAAAGAUAAGGCCAGUACAUCAGAAGAACCCUCUCCUAGUACUUGUCAACACUCCGUCUCUUUACACGUUGCCCGUCGAAAUGCAAGGUUCCUAGAUAGUGGAUGA